GGCCUCACCUGCUUCGCUGCUCCGACCAGAGCACCGCGUCGCGCUCCAGCGCCAUGGCGAUGCGGCUCUUCUCGUCCUCGCCGCCUCCCCCGCCCCUCCCGGGCCCUGCCACCACCAAGGCCUCAUCCGCCGCCGCGCUCUUCUUCCUCCGCCUACGCCGCGGGAGGCCCGCUGCCGCGGCAGGGGGAGGGCCCGAGCGGGACGGGGAGGGCCCCUUCGACAGGAGAAUGGAGGAGAUUGCGAAGAAGGUCCCGCUCUUCGAGCCCGCCAUGGGCGAGCCCGCCGCCACGGCUGAGCGCCCGCUGCCCAUCAACCUCGAGCUCUGGCUCCACCGCGCCAAGGUGCACACCAGGAAGUACGAGUUCGCGGAAGCCGAGAAGCUCCUCAACAAGUGCAUGUUGUAUUGGCCUGAAGACGGGCGCCCAUACGUCGCGCUUGGGAAGCUAUAUAGCAAACAGUCGAGGUUUGACAAAGCUAGAGCGGCUUAUGAAAGGGGCUGCCAAGCCACACAGGGAGAAAAUCCAUACAUUUGGCAGUGCUGGGCAGUGCUAGAAAGCAAGGGUGGGAGUAUUCGAAGAGCACGAGAGCUAUUUGAUGCUGCUACUGUGGCUGAUGCAAAGCACAUUGCAGCUUGGCAUGGGUGGGCAAUUUUAGAAAUCAAACAAGGAAACAUAAAAAAGGCUCGGAACCUACUUGCAAAAGGUCUGAAAUAUUGUGGAGGAAAUGAGUACAUUUACCAGACUCUUGCUUUGCUUGAAGCUAGAGCAGAGCGCUUUGAACAAGCACGGACUUUAUUCCAGCUAGCUACUCAAUGCAAUCCAAAAAGUUGUGCAAGUUGGCUAUCUUGGGCUCAGGUAGAAAUGCGUGCAGAAAACAAUGUCAUUGCGAGGAAGCUCUUUGAGAAAGCUGUCCAGGCUAGUCCCAAGAACAGAUUUUCGUGGCAUGUUUGGGCACUCUUUGAGGCCAAUCAAGGUAACACUGACAAAGCAAGGAAGUUACUUAAGAUUGGCCAUGCUGUGAACCCUAGGGACCCUGUAAUUCUACAGUCACUUGCACUGCUGGAAUACAAUUGUGCAUCUCCAAAUGUUGCCCGUGUAUUAUUUAGAAAGGCAUCUCAGAUUGAUCCAAGGCACCAACCAGUUUGGAUAGCUUGGGGUUGGAUGGAGUGGAAAGAAGGAAAUGAGAGAACUGCAAGGUCACUCUAUCAAAGAGCCUUGUCAGUUAAUUCAACAAAUGAAUGUGCUGCUCGUUGUCUUCAGGCUUGGGGAGUCCUAGAACAGCGUGUGGGUAACUACACUGCUGCCAGAAGAUUGUUGAGGUCUUCGCUGAACAUCAAUUCUCAGAGUGAGGUGACAUGGCUGACAUGGGCGGCACUAGAGGAGGAACAGGGGGAUCCAGUUCGAGCUGAAGAAAUACGGGACCUUUAUUUUCAGCAGCGUAUCGAGGUCAUGGAUGAUGCCUCCUGGGUCAUGGGCUUCCUCGACAUCAUCGAUCCUGCUCUAGACAGCGUGAAGAAGCUCCUAAACAUGGACCGACCGUCCGGUCAAGUGAUGCAGCAAGGUAGGAACAGGGGGAUCACAGCUGAAGGUUCAAGUACUUCUGACCUCGACAGCGGCACGGCUGAAGGUUCAAGCACUCCCAACCUCGACAGCAUCGUGGACCGCCGUGCUGCAUACACUCGGGAGGCAGAGAGUGAUUUUGACGUGGACGGCUUCAUCAGGAGGAGGCUGGCCCUGGACCCGGCGGAGCUAGACGCUGGGCUAGAGGGCUCUGAUCCCAAGGGAGUUAUUUCUCAAAGGAGGACGCGGCGGCUGACCAGGAAGCCUCUCCCUCUUCUUCCCGUCCCGUAGUUCCUUCUUCCGUCCAGCAUUAGCAGCAGUUGUUGCCAUGUCCACCGUGCACAGCCAUCCAGCGAUCACUGACAGGUACGGUGGCCUGAGGGACAGUAGUAAGUAGUACGUGCAUUUACGUGUAUAUCUGUAAUAAGAAGAACCCCGAUGCUGACAUUAGCAGUCACUUGCCCAUUGUGUAUGUAGUUCUGUCAGAGGCUGCUCGAGAAGCAGUGUAGCUGUGUAUAGAAGCCCAUCAGUCUUGUGUGGUUACAACAUUUGUUCUUUGCAAGUAGUUUAACUCUCCGGAUAGAUGCCACCCGAUGUCUCGGAGGAGCACCAA